UAUCCAAAAUGGCUGCUGCGAUGGAUGUGGACACUCCGAGUGGGGCUAACAGUAGUGCCGGCAAGAAGCGUUUUGAAGUGAAGAAGUGGAAUGCAGUAGCUCUCUGGGCUUGGGACAUUGUGGUUGACAACUGUGCCAUCUGCAGAAACCACAUUAUGGAUCUGUGCAUAGAAUGUCAAGCUAACCAAGCGUCAGCUACCUCUGAAGAAUGCACUGUUGCCUGGGGCGUUUGUAAUCAUGCUUUCCACUUUCAUUGCAUCUCUCGCUGGCUUAAGACUCGGCAGGUGUGCCCGUUAGACAACCGAGAAUGGGAGUUCCAGAAGUAUGGGCAUUAGCAAGGAAGAGAAGAUUGCCAGGUUCUAAUGUUCUUACAUCAGUUAAGGUUUCACCUGCAAGAGGGCCAUUCCUGGGAAUCCUCCACAUGCUGUUAUACAUCUGUGUUGUCUCUUUGUUUUCACAUGAAUACAGUCAUUGUGUAUAGUAAUAAAGUUUGCUGGUUGU